AUGGCCGCCGCUGAUGACGCCACUACCAGCAGUCCGUCGUCUCCGGCGCCGACCGGAUGGCUCAAGGCGAAUGCCACGUUCUACGGCGGCGCCGAUGCCUCUGACACCAUGGGAGGUGCGUGUGGGUACGGGAACCUGUACUCGCAGGGCUAUGGCACAAGAACGGCGGCGCUGAGCACUGCGCUCUUCAACGGUGGUGCCUCGUGCGGGCAGUGCUACAAGAUCGCGUGUGACCGCAAGAGGGCGAACCCGAUGUUUUGCAAACCUGGCGUCACGGUGACCGUCACGGCCACCAACUUCUGCCCGCCAAACUACGCGCUGCCCGGCAACAACGGCGGCUGGUGCAAUCCUCCUCGGCCGCACUUCGACAUGGCGCAGCCGGCCUGGGAGAAGAUCGGCGUCUACAGCGGCGGCAUCAUCCCCGUCAUGUACAAAAGGGUUCUUUGCGUGAAGCGUGGUGGGGUGCGGUUCACGAUCAACGGUCACGACUACUUCAAUCUCGUGCUCGUGACCAAUGUUGCAGGUGCCGGCUCCAUCAAGUCAAUUGAUGUCAAGACCUCCAACUCCAGUAGCUGGAUACCAAUGGCGCGAAACUGGGGUGCGAACUCGCAGUCCCUUGCAUAUCUUACUGGGCAGAUGCUCUCGUUUAGAGUGACUGACACAGAUGGACAAACUAUUGAAUUCACAAACGUGGUGCCACAAGGAUGGAAGUUUGGCCAAACAUUUGCAUCCAAGUUACAGUUCAAGUGA